ACUAUAGGCCUUGAUGGUUGGAACUGAUCACUGAUAUCAUUUAUUUGAUGUGUGUGUGUGUGUGUGUGAGACCUUUUGCAGUCCAAUGCUUUUGCCAACUUGAGGGCCUGAGCCAAUCCUUGUUUAAACUCUGCCUCUCUUCCUGGAACCGCCCCCAGACCCAGAUCUCCCCCACUGAGGUCACCUGCAACACACACCUGAUGAUUAUGGUGAUGAUGACGAAGGGGAGGAGUGGUCCAUCAGAGAGGAUACUGUGGCUCACCGGGCGGAGUGUUGAUCAGAACCACCUCCAGUCCCGUCGCCUCCCGGACUCUCCGGAGCUCCUGCGGAUCCGAGUCGUACAGCCAGGCCGCCUCUACCGCCUGGAAUCCGGCCGCGGCGGCAGCGUACAUCCGCUGGCUGACGUCAGGCAGCUCGGUGAAGAGCCAGCUUAGGUUGGCGCAGAACCUGAGCGAAGGCAUGGCGUAAAAGGUUUGCACAGACGUGUAUAUAAAGUUGAACUGUGAUGGACUUUCGCUCGUCAAGUUAGCGGAAAUGUCGCAAAGCGGAAGUGAAGUAGGUAAAUAAAAAGUUCACGUGACUUAUUUGCAUAAUGUAAAAUUAUACAGUACAUCUAUACCAAUAUAGAUUGAACUACUGUAAGUACAUAUAAGGUUUAACUGUCGCCUUUUAGCUUUUUAAUUCGAAGUCUUCAGAAGUACCUAGCGCUCACAAGUCAUGCGCAGUUGUCCCGUGACUACUAUGCUAGUGUUUUUAUUACAAAAUGUUUUAUUAGGCACACCGUCCAGCAUAAAAAAUAGAAAAUGGCCGUCAGACGUUUGCGUUCAGAUAAUUCAAUGAUGGGAUCAUUUGUGCGUUGGCCAUCUUAACUUUGCUAUAAAAUUGACUUUUUUGGUUUGGAAAUUAUCCCAAGGUUUUUUUCCCUUCCCUUUCCAGUUACUGAAGCAAAAACCACGACGAGAACUUGUGGAAAACGUCCGCCGCCGCCCUGUAGCCUCCCUGGCGGCCAUGUUGGCAGGAAUCGUCGCGGGGGUGUAAUCAACUGGCAGCGAGGAAGUAAAUUAGCGCACGCUCUUGCUGUCGUGACCCCCUCGGAGGCUGCGUUUGUUAAUUAGUGGUUCAGCUGACGGCGCCCCCUGAAGGUGGCAUGCAAUUGUAACUGUAGCUGGCGGCCGGACAGCGUGUUGGUCGGUGCCAUCUAUGAAUUUGAAACAAGCUCCGCCCACUGUGACACCAAAGGGCGAGCAACACAUUUUGUGGACAUGUUGAGCUCAUGAUGUCUAUUAUAGUCUGUUCUAAGUAGUCUGUGACGUUCCCGGGUUCCGUCCCGGCCCGCCCGCAGACAGCAGACCCAAAAGUGGAGCUAAUUAGACACAUCAUACAACUGGAAGGAAAGGUGAGAAAACGCAACAAGUUUAGGGGGGGAAAGAGGUUGCGUGUAAAAAGCACUCCACAUGCAGGAAGAGGAACAUUGUGCAGUCACUGGGACGCUUCCAUGCCAUCUGCCACUGGAAGUCCACCUUGAGAGAAUAAGGCUAAUAUUAGCAGCAUGCAUCCUAGCCUGGAGGGGGGGUGCCAUCUGCUGCCUUGUUCGACAUGAGGGGCGAGGAUGGGAGGGAGGCUUGAUCGCACAAUGUGUGCGUAAAUGCUUAACAUGUGGACUGCCACCUCUCCCUGUCCUUGCUAUGCUGCGUGUGGCAGUAUGCACUUUGUGCACAAUGAUGAAUCAAGUAUUAGUAUUAAUUUUGAACGAUUUGAAAACUUCAUCUUAUCGCGCUAGCAUCAACCUCGAGUCUCCUCGUCUUAAAGUAAAAAUGUGACACAAAUGGAAAAUAUAAAGCAUCGAAAUCUAAUUUACACGAUGGAACAAUAGGAGUUUGUUUUUAAAAUUGCUUUUAAUCAGUGUUGGAUGUAGAAGUAAUGUAUACAAUCUGCAACAACACAAUUAACCUUUUACUUUUUAAAUUGUUAGUACAAUAAUAAAUUAUUUUUUUAAUUACCUAACCCUUCUUAAACCAUAAACCAAUAAUUCAAACCUAUUAAAAUUUCUAGAAGUGAUGCCUUUUUUAUUGACGUGCUAGAACUGAACUGUGAAAAGCUCGUCAGCCAAUCAGCAUCCUCCCGUUGCGGAUUCUACGGAAAGAACCGAGCGAGGCCGAAGUCUGCCGAUGGCAGCGAGCGAGUGUACGCAUGGAGCUUGUCUUCCAGAGAGGAUGGUGGACAGUCGGAGAAGACUGAGCUGAGCGGAACCACCGAACACCACUUGAAGAGGAGAACCGAGCUGGAUUUACUUUUUGUCUUUUUUUAUUCCUCUUAAUUUUCAUUUUAUGGUGGACUGACGCACGAGAGGAAGUGGAGCUGUUUUUUUUUAUUUUUUGGAGCAGGUUACAUUUUUUGAUCUUCUGGUCCGGACCACCUUAGCCGGCCCUCCAGGAAAAUGACACAGUGGUUAUGGAGACGGUGAAAGUGUAGCAGCUUUUGGACCAGUAGGAGGGAGGCCAUCACUGUGCUGACACUGCACUUCAUCACAGCACCCGAAGAGAAGACACACACACUUCUGCAUGCUUUUGGCUGAUUGUGAACAGGCAUGGAAGGAGAAGGACACUCUGUGCGAGACAACAUGGCGGCCGGACCACGUCACCUGAUCAACGUCAGCGCUAGCCCCACUCAGACCUGCCAUAAGACCGCUUGAGAGUGGGCAUCCACUGCGUGCUACCAGGUAGCGUGAGGGGGAGGAGCCGGUCUCACCUGGGUCAAACCUCCAGCACAGUUCCCACCACAGUCCCACCCGGCCCACCCUCACGGCUUGAAACCUGACACCUGUGACAUCAUCAGCGUUGGCGGGCUGGCUGCUCUACACUCUCAGGAGAGGUGAAGAGCAGCCACAAGCAGACGUUCUCCGCUUGGAUCAAUCACGCCUCCACCUGUGGAUGAACCCAGCAGCACCCCCGCCCCCGUCUUACACCCCCCAGCCUGAAGGAGGAGACUUUUCUGGGCUUGGUGAGGGGAUUGUUCUGUCUAUAAGCUGAAGGCUACAGCAGUCUUCUUCCUCCGCCUCUGGACGUCGUCUUCUUCUUCAUGUUGUGGACCUGUGCUGCAGGUGUCUCUUGAUGACCGCGUGACGUUUUAACCAAUCAGCAGCCUUGUGGGGACCAGAGAGAAAAGCGGGUGGUCGGUUGGAAGAUGGUCAAAAGCUGCAGAUGGCCACCUGAUGGGGACGCUGUUCACCUCAUGCUGCUACUGUUGGCUAUGCUGGUCCUGCCAUCGCACGCUGAGAGCAUGCCCAGUUUCAUCAAGUCCCCCGACGAUCAGACGGGGAUUUCGGGGGGAGUGGCGUCCUUCGUGUGCCAGGCCGUGGGCGACCCUAAACCUCGCAUCACGUGGAUGAAGAAGGGCAAGAAGGUCAGCUCGCAGCGCUUUGAGGUGAUCGAGUUUGAUGACGGCUCGGGAUCCGUUCUUCGUAUUCAGCCGCUGAGGACCCACCGUGACGAGGCCAUCUACGAGUGCACGGCCACUAACAGCGUGGGCGAGAUCAACACCAGUGCCAAGCUCACCGUCCUGGAAGAGGACCAGAUCCCUCAUGGCUUCCCCACCAUUGACAUGGGCCCCCAGCUGAAGGUGGUGGAGAGAACACGCACUGCCACCAUGCUGUGCGCCGCCAGCGGCAACCCCGACCCGGAGAUCUUCUGGUUUAAGGACUUCCUUCCCGUGGACAUCAACAGCAGCGACGGACGUAUCAAGCAGCUCCGCUCAGGUGGUACACCAAUCAGAGGGGCUCUUCAAAUUGAGAACAGCGAGGAGUCAGACCAGGGCAAGUACGAGUGCGUGGCCGUCAACAGCGCCGGGACUCGCUACUCUGCUCCAGCUAACCUUUAUGUGCGAGAUCAGCGAGAAGUUCGGCGCGUGCCUCCUCGUUUCUCCAUACCCCCCACCCACCAAGAGGUGAUGCCCGGCGGCAGUGUCAACCUGACCUGUGUGGCGGUGGGGGCACCCAUGCCGUAUGUUAAGUGGAUGAGCGGCGAGGCGGAGCUGACCCCCGAGGAGGAGAUGCCCAUCGGACGCAACGUGCUAGAGCUGGCCAACAUCCGCCAAUCGGCCAACUACACCUGUGUGGCCAUCUCCUCGCUGGGCAUGAUUGAGACCACCGCCCAGAUCACGGUGAAAGCCUUGCCCAAGCCACCCACAUCCCUAAUUGUGACAGAAACCACCGCCACCAGCAUCACUUUGACAUGGGAGUCUGGCAACCCUGAACCUGUGUCCUACUAUGUGAUCCAGUACCGGCCCAAAGUGUCCGAGAAUGGUUUCCAGGAAGUGGACGGGGUAGCCACCACCCGCUACAGCAUCGGCGGUCUUAGCCCAUUUUCCCAUUACGAGUUCCGAGUCAUGGCGGUCAACAACGUGGGCCGAGGGCUGCCCGGAGGAAUUGUGGACACCCGCACCAGUGAGCAAUCGCCCUCGUCAACCCCGCUCCAUGUCCAGGCCCGCAUGCUGAGCCCCAGCACUAUGCUGGUCCAGUGGGAGCCCCCCGAGGAGGCCAAUGGGCAGAUCCGCGGCUAUAGGGUCUACUACAGCGCCAACCAAGAGGCCCCAAUGAGCGCCUGGCAGAAACACAACACAGAUGACAGUCAGCUGACCACCAUCGCUGACCUGACCCCUGAUGUCACCUAUGGUGUCAGGGUGCUGGGCUUCACCUCGGUGGGUGAUGGACCCCCAUCUGAGGUCCUGCUCAUCAAGACUCAGCAAGGAGUUCCAGCGCAGCCAUCUGGUUUUGAGGCUGAAGCUGAGCUGGACUCGCGCAUCAUGCUAUCUUGGCUUUGGCCCGUGCAGGACCCAGUCAUUGGUUUGGAGCUGCUCUACUGGGAGGCCAACAAUCCAGAGGAAAAGCACAGCAUCACGUUCGAGCCAUCUGGAUCACAUGCGGUGGAUGGUUUGAAACCCGACACAGUCUACAUGUUUUCCCUGGCUGCCAGAUCUGAGAUGGGCUUGGGAGUCUUCACUCGGCCCAUCGAGUGCAGGACUGUCCAGUCUACCCCCUCAGCCCCUCCCCAGGAUGUAACCCUGCUCAGUCCGAGCUCCAGUAGCAUCCAAGUGAGUUGGACGCCGCCGCCGACAGACCACCACCACGCCAGAAUCAUAAGCUACUCCCUGGCCUACCGAGCGCCGUCCGAGGAGGACAUGCAGCGCCACCAGGUGUCUGGGAUUGGAGCAGACACCCGCAGCUAUGUGCUGGAUCACCUGGAGAAAUGGACUGAGUAUUUGGUGUGGGUGAGAGCUCACACCAUCAUCGGGCCCGGCCCCGAGAGUCCGGCGGUCCGCAUCAGAACUCAGGAGGACGUGCCAGGAGCCCCGCCCAGGAAGGUGGAGGCCGACGCUCUCAACUCCACGGCGGUCCGGGUGAGCUGGAAGCCCCCCCUGCCAGUCAAGCAGCACGGCCAGAUCCGGGGCUACCAGAUCAUCUACUCCAGGCUGGAGAAGGGAGAACCUCACGGGCAACCCCUCAUCAUGGACGUCUCCCUUCCAGAAGCUCAGUGGCGUGACCAGGACUCGACGGACUACGAGGCGGUCCUGAUGGGACUGCUGCCAGAGACCAGCUACUCUGUGACAGUGGCGGCAUACACCACCAAGGGGGACGGCGCUCGCAGCAAGGCCAGGGUGGUCACUACCUCAGGCGCAGUACCUGGCAAGCCCACCAUGAUGAUAAGCACCACCAUUGGAAACACAGCGCUGAUCCAGUGGCAGCCCCCCAAAGAGGUGGUGGGGGAGCACGUGGGCUACCAGCUGCAGUACAAGAGAGCCGAGGAGGACGUCUUCACCGUUAGAGACUUCCGCAAGACCGAUGAUCACUUCACAGUCACCGGCCUCCACAAGGGGGCGACUUACAUCUUCAAACUUUGCGCUAAAAACCGUGCCGGCAAUGGUGAGGAGUACACGAAGGAGGUCAGCACCCCGGAGGACAUCCCCGGCAGCUACCCUCUGAACUUGAGUGUGGUCGGCCUGACUGCCACCACCACGGAGCUGGCCUGGGACCCGCCCCCUCUUGCGGACCGCAAUGGGAAGAUCAUAAAGUAUGUGGUGGUCUACCGAGACAUCAACAGCCAGAACAACAGCUCCAACGCCACCGCCAGCACACGCAUGACCAUCCAAGGCUUGCGGCCUGACACCACCUAUGACAUCAGAGUGCAAGCCUUCACCAGUAAAGGGGGCGGACCCAUCAGCCCCAGCAUCCAGAGCAGGACCAUGUCCACGUCCAUGCCAGUGUUCACCAAGAACUUUGGCGUGAAGGCCGUGAUGAAAACGUCCGUCCUGCUGACGUGGGAUGUUCCAGAAACCUUUGAGUCCGAGGUGCCCCUCAAGAUUCUCUACAACCAGCAGAGCGUGGAGGUGCCGGGUCACCAGAGGAGGAAGCUGAUCACGCAGCUGCAGCCAGACACGCAUUACUCCUUUGUGCUCAUGAGCCGCGGGAACAGCGCCGGCGGACUCCAGCAGCAAGUCUCCAUCCGGACAUCACCAGAUCUGCUCAAGACUAAACCGUCUGAGUAUCAUCAGGAUGUGGAGGAGGGCGGGAAAGUGAGCGUGCGGCUGCCGAGGGUCCCGCCCGGAACGCCGGUCAAGUACUUCUACAUUGUGGUGGUGCCUUUGACCCCCACUUCUCUGAUGUGGGAAAACCCUGACGAUAUGGACCUUCAUGAGCUCCUGGACGCCGCAGUCAGUGCACAAAGGAAGAGGAGACAAAGCACGGACUUCCUACAGCCUUACAUCACUGCCAAGCUGGACUCUCUGCCUGAGAUCUUCACGCUGGGUGACGAGCACCAAUACCAUGGCUUUCACAACAAGCCAUUGCCGGGGCAACAGCAGUACCGGUGCUUUGUCCUGGCCGAGCUGGUGGACGACGAGUCUCAGAGGACGUUUGCAGCCAGCCCUUUCUCUGAGCCCAUCCUGGUGAAGCUCCACAGCGGAAUGGCAAGACACUCCGAGGACCCGGAGAUGCUGUGGGUGAUGGGUCCAGUGCUGGCCGUCAUCCUCAUCAUCAUCAUCGUCAUCGCUAUCCUCCUCUUCAAGAGGAAACGGACGUCUCCGUCAGCCAAAGACGAGCACUUGGUGGGAGUGAAGGAUUCGCUGCUGGCCCACACAUCAGACCCCGUAGAGAUGAGGAGGCUUAACUAUCAGACACAAGGUUCCAGUACCCUCAGUUGCCCGACCACUCCAAGGAUGAGGCAACAUCCUCCCAUCGCCACCUGCGACCUCAACGACCACAUCGAGAGACUCAAGGCAAACGACGGCCUGCGCUUCUCUCAGGAAUAUGAGUCCAUUGACCCCGGGCAGCAGUUCACGUGGGAGCACUCCAACAUGGAGAUCAACAAGCCAAAGAAUCGCUACGCCAAUGUCAUCGCCUACGACCACUCUCGAGUCCUCCUCACGCCUGUGGACGGAGUUUCUGGCAGCGACUACGUCAAUGCCAACUACGUGGACGGCUACAGGAAGCAGAACGCCUACAUCGCCACACAGGGCCCGCUGCCUGAGACGCUGAGUGACUUCUGGAGGCUGGUCUGGGAGCAGCGCACCUGCACCAUUGUCAUGAUGACACGCCUGGAGGAGAAGUCCCGGGUUAAGUGUGACCAGUACUGGCCCAGUCGUGGUACUGAGACCUACGGUAUGAUCCAGGUCACCAUGUUAGACACGGUGGAGUUGGCCACCUAUAGCGUGCGCACCUUUGCCCUCUACAAGAAUGGCUCGAGUGAGAGAAGAGAGGUCCGACAAUUCCAGUUCAUGGCCUGGCCCGACCACGGAGUGCCUGAGUACCCCACCCCGACGCUGGCCUUCCUUCGCAGGAUCAAAGCAUGCAACCCCCCAGAUGCCGGGCCCAUGGUGGUCCACUGCAGCGCCGGCGUGGGCCGCACGGGCUGCUUCGUCGUCAUUGACGCCAUGUUGGAGAGGAUGAAACACGAAAAGUCGGUGGACAUUUACGGCCACGUGACAUGCAUGCGGGCUCAGAGGAACUACAUGGUGCAGACGGAGGACCAGUAUAUCUUCAUCCACGAGGCUCUGCUGGAGGCGGCGACGUGCGGCAACACUGAGGUCCCUGCCCGAAACCUGUACGUGCACAUCCAGAAAUUGAGCCAGGUUCCUCUGGGAGAGGCAGUCACCGCCAUGGAGCUGGAGUUUAAGAAGUUGGCCAACUCCAAAGCACAUACCUCAAGAUUCGUCAGUGCCAAUCUUCCGUGCAACAAGUUCAAGAACCGCUUGGUGAACAUCAUGCCUUUCGAGUCCAGCCGGGUCUGCCUGCAGCCAAUCAGAGGUGUGGAGGGCUCAGACUACAUCAACGGCAGCUUCAUUGACGGCUACAGGCUGCAGAAAGCCUACAUGGCCACACAGGGCCCCUUAGCGGAAACCACUGAGGACUUCUGGAGGAUGCUAUGGGAACACAACUCCACCAUUGUCGUCAUGCUCACCAAACUCCGCGAGAUGGGACGGGAAAAGUGCCAUCAGUACUGGCCUGCUGAGCGUUCGGCCCGCUACCAGUACUUUGUUGUGGACCCCAUGGCUGAGUACAACAUGCCACAGUACAUCCUGAGAGAGUUCAAAGUAACCGACGCCAGGGACGGCCAGUCCAGGACCAUCAGGCAGUUCCAGUUCACCGAUUGGCCAGAGCAAGGUGUGCCAAAAACAGGGGAGGGAUUCAUUGACUUUAUCGGCCAAGUCCACAAAACCAAGGAGCAGUUUGGGCAGGACGGACCCAUCACUGUGCACUGCAGUGCCGGCGUGGGGCGGACCGGCGUGUUCAUCACCUUAAGCAUCGUCCUGGAGAGGAUGAGGUAUGAGGGUGUGGUCGAUGUCUUUCAAACAGUGAAGACGCUCAGAACUCAGCGGCCCGCCAUGGUGCAGACUGAGGACCAGUACCAACUGUGUUACCGGGCCGCCCUGGAGUACCUGGGAAGCUUUGACCACUAUGCAACAUAACCCAUCAUGAAGACACCCUCGCAAGAGUUUGGUGUCCAGCUCCUACAAUCCGACCAGGAGGUGACAAUGUGGGCCGAGGAAGAAGUGCCCGCAGACUGGGGGGAGGAGUCAGACCGCCUCCUUGCGAUGCGACUUCUGUGGCUAUCGGUGAACCCUCAUGGACCCCGACACGCACUCUGAACACCCAACACUCCUCAUUUCUCUUCUGUUGCAAAUAUUUGCCAUUUAUUUUUUUACGUCUUAAUGACUCUCUUAUGCUUUUAUUUUUUUAUUAACACUGAAAAUGUGUUGUCAAAACGCUCCAAGGUGUUAUCAUAGUAAUAAUUAUUAUUAUUAAUACUGGAGAGCAUAUACUCACUGCUGCUACAUGUUUUUGUACCAUAGACAUCAUAUUCUAUUUACUCACACACUUUUAUUUGGGAUAGAGGAGCUCAUUUUUGUUCUGACAUCCACAAAAAUAUGUCCGCAUCAUACCAAGAAGAAGGGAAAAGACCACAUGACACAGUUUAUUGUUCCUAAAUACUGGUUUGUUGCUUCAAAGCCUGCAGAGGAACAAUAUGCAGUCGUACGCCAUCCACUGGAUUCAUGUCAACACUGAAUGAUUUGACAAAAUGUCACAGCAGGUACUCGAUUUGAUGGAGAGCAAGAAUGUCUGCUGGGUCAAGUUUAGUUGUCUGCCCAGCCUGUGUUGUGAUGACAGCUGUUUCACAUCAGUAAAAUGUAAGAAUAA